AUGCAAAACUUGCGGAAGGCCAUUUUGGGCCACCUUAGGAUUGGAGGGCCUGUGAGAGGACAUUUGCGUGCAUUUAGCGCGGCUGCCGAUAUUAACCAGGACCGGGUGAUGGGUCGAGUCAUUGAGUUGGUGAAGAAAUUCGACAAGAUUAAUGCUGCUAAGGUCACUGAAAAGGCCGAUUUCCAGAAGGACUUGAGCCUCGACAGCCUGGAUAGAGUAGAACUCGUGAUGGCUUUUGAGGAAGAAUUUUCAGUCGAGAUACCUGAUUCCGAAGCAGACAAGCUCAAAUGUUGUGCAGAUGUUGCUAAGUACGUUAUUUCGAGUUCGAAUGGGAAAGUUUUCGACUCUUCCUCUUAA